CGAAUGCACUUUUUAUUAAACAUGGCUGGUGUUGUGCGCUAGUGUUAUUCGAACGAAGGAAUUUAAACAAUUUUAUAUAUAUUAUCGGUGCAAAACAACUCGAAACGAUCUGAACUUUGUGUAGUGAAGUGUAACUGUUCCGAAAAUCGUUCUACAAAGUGAGCAAACGACCGCAAUCCGUAGGAAAAGUAGUUUUUCUUCAGCCCCAAUAAUGGUUCGCUUUGGACGACCUAGAUUUUUAACAUGAGUGCGGUCCGGAUAUGGUGGCGCUCUAGGAACCAAUGAUGGACUCACGUGAUGUGUCUAACAGCAACAACAACAACAACAUCUUCUAUUCAUCUUCCUUAGCUACAUCAAAACGUAUGCAAGACGGAUUAUCAUUGCUGUCGAUUACCGUUCACAAACGGGGAAGUAACUUUGGACAACAGCCGAACGAUGUGAAUAAUCAGAAUCAGCAAGCAUCAUCAUCGUUUCUACAGCAAGAUCAACAUCAGCACUACUCACAACCGCACACUCAUCAACAAUCGUCUUCUCUUUACUACUAUAAUAGCAGACCGGAAGCACAUGACGGAGUAACUCUUGAGAGCGUUACAGUUGUAGGACCUUGGCGUGAAGUUAUAUUUCCUAUAGCGAUCCUAACUGUAUCUCUGUUCGGGAUUCUAGCUGUAGGGGCUAUUCUUUUACUUUGGCUUAAAAAUAAUUUGAAAAGUCAGGAAAAGGACAAGGUGAAAACUUCCAAGAAAUUGAAAGUGGCAAAAGUAAACGCGAAAGUGCUGCUAAAGCAAACCAAAAUGAGCGAAGAUGAGGGAUCUCAAAUAGAAAACAUCAAUUCGACACUCUCCGCUAAACCAGAAUCUCCAAGAUCGAAGAGUUUAGAUGUACCAGAGGCUGAAAAUGCGAGCUUCUCUUCCCAAGUUAUUUUUCCAACUAGCGAGUCAACGCAACAGGAUCCUACCGUUAGCACAAUCUACAAAAAUAUCACAUCCGAGAACUUGUCCACUAUUUCAACACCUGGAAACUUGAAACGAGUACAGGCAAAAACAUCACUGAACAAUAUAUCACAGAUCAGCACAUCACCUUCAGCAGUUCCUUCGUCUCCUCCACUAAGAUCUGUCCAUAGGAAGUUCAGCUUCAAUCAAUCGAGCUUCUACGAACAACAGCAAAUUCCUUCAUCCAAGGCUGAAAAGUACAGUGCCAAUAACAGCAAAUCCAAUAACGACAAUCUACCCUAUUUUGGAAAGUUGGGAUCAAAAGACGAAUGUCUUAUUUCAAAGAUCGCCGUUCUGAAGGGCGACGUGUGUUGUGUACAACCACCGCAACUACAUCAUGCUGCAGCAGAUUUGGACGAAUUGACUGUCGCGAGCCCAGCACCAAUUUGUUCCUCUCCCAAGAUGGUGUACACCCAAUCCACAACGUCGGAGGCGCUCAUGGCGAUACCUCUAACAACAAAAGCACAAAAACUGUCCGAUGAUAAAGAAAAUUAUGGAAAAUGCUCAACGGCAUUCGAAACUAGUCGUAAUGGGAAAGCUUUCCGUGGUCAACAUUCUUGGAUUGAGGGAAACGAAAAUCAACCGCCAUCCAACAGAAAGGUAUUAACACAAUCGCCAAUAUUCUUCGCAAACGAGCAAAACUCUCCGAACGUUUGUUACGAUUCCUCGUCAUCACCUACGUUGAUACCGUCACUUACGCCAUCGUCUGUGUCCUCGUCAGCAACUUCCACCGCUACAAAUACCACACCAAAUGCAAACUUAAACAGUGCCAGCAGCAACACUGGACGAUUUACUUUUUCACCAAAAGUGAUCAGCGAACUCGGUUACCAAUCAUCUCCCCAGAGUGCUUCGAACCAUGCUGGUUCGGGAAACGAGGCAAAGAUUAGCAACACCUAUUUCCGUUUUCCGGAUGUGGACAGUUUUACACCACCUAUUAGUGCGCAAACAACAAAUCUAAACGUGUCAGGCAAACCGACAACUUUUAAAAUACCAUCGCUUGUCACGUCUUGGAUUCCCUCAUUGGAAACACCAACCAAGGAAGCUCUUGUUAUUUCGGAACAAGAAUUAAUGAAAUCGUCUACUACGGAAAACAUUGAAGAUAAACAAUGCCCUGGAAUUGAUGCGGUUGAUGACGCUAAUAUUACCAACAUACCUAGUAUUUCAAUGGUUACUGAAGACACACAUAAAGAUUCGUCUCCUUCUUCCACCGAAGAUAAAAUCCAACAAAUGGUGUCGUCUAAUCGUGCAACGCGAAGGGCGCGUUUAAAGUCUAUCUCUCUUGACUCGGAUGGAGCUCGCAUUCUGGAGGAAAAUUUUGCAACCAGUAUCCCGGUAGAGGAGUUAGUAGAAAUUGCCGCCAAUCAAUCGCAUCACUUGGUUUCGGGAAACCAAUUGCAGCUGCCCUCACUUAGUCAAAGCCAAGCACAGAAUGAAAAUGAAGAGUGUAGUUACGCAUCUUACAGGAAACAGCGCAAUAUAUUUAACUUAACGUUGAAUCUGAAUGAUAAGGAUGAGUCUUUGAUGGCAGACGACGAUUACAAGUUCAAUGAGUUCUAUUUUGAAUACUACGACUACGAUGAUGAGGAAGAUGAAGAGUAUGAAAUGGAAUGUGGGGCCUCUGGUUCAAGUUAUUCCGAGAAACGAAAAAAGCAGCAUUCUCAAUUGCAGACUCCAAAAACGCCAACACUGACCCAAACUCGCAAGAAAGCUAGCUCACUCGAUUCAGAUCAGUCUCUCAGCUAUAUGCUCCCGCAAUCGGUUAGAACGCAAAGUGCAAUAGAUAAAAGUGAACAUCGAGUCAGCAGUACUCGAUGUGCAAUGAAUCCCUCAACGGCUACAAUACGCACAUCUUCGCUGUCUGUACCAACGACUCCUAAAAGGCAGCCAUACCGUUUGCCGCAGCAACAAUCACAUGGCAAGUAUAAACAGAACCGUUGCAUGAACGACAGUACGACAAGUAUCAAUAAUAGUCCCGCAUCCGAGCGACAUCUUCUAUGUGGCUUCCAACAAAAACUCGGAAGUUUCGAGGAAAAUGCUGACAUGUAUCACAGCAACGUAGAAAAUGACGGUAAGUCCACUGGUAUCAAGGCUCCUUAUUCCAAUAUGUCACAGCAGAGAGAACAAAACUUAAGUGUUUCUAAUGUUAACCUAAAAACGUUACCGGAAAUCACACCAGUGUGUGAUUUUGCAAAUAAAUCGAACGACCAGGUCAUGGCAGAAAAACCACCGAUUCAAACUAUGAAUAAAAGUCGAUCUAGCAUUCUACAGCGCAGAGGAUCCAAUCAUAGCCUGACAUUGAACCUCGAUGCUGCUACGGGUGGUAAUGGAUUAUCAAAAGGACUGUCAGCUUCAAACUACAGUUUGGGCAAUUUAAAAGGAUCUCAUUUGAGUUUGGCCAGCUCUUCGUAUAAUCUUCAGCAGCAACAGAACCAACAUCAAAAUGUUCAUCAAUCUGGAGGUGCUCCAAAUGUGCAGACAAAGAAGAAUCUCCUACAGCGUCGAGGCUCGAAUACUAGUUUAAUUUUGAACCUGCAGGGUUCCAAUAGCAGUUUAAACCGGUACAAUAGUCACAGUUCGCUAAAUAUUCAAAAUCAACAAAACGUUCGUCCGGCUAAAAAAUGUCUCCUGGAAAGGCGCAAUUCCAACACGAGUUUGACACUCAUCAAUAUCCAGAAUCGCGCACUUUCUGUAUCAAAUUGUAAUCUUCCGGGGUCUAUUUGUAGUCUCAACAGUAUGGCAACAUACCAGACACAAAAUGAAGCGCUGAUGUUGGAAGAGGAAGAGAUACAGAUGUCGGUGAACAACAAUCAGUCGAGUUGCUGCGCACGGGCGGCGGCCGGUGGCGUGUCCAGUGAAUCUCAUCUGUCGCCAAACUGUCAGCAGCACGGGGGGCGGCGGAAAUUCCUAAGCUCGGAUAGUCUGCACAAUAUUACCAACUCGCGAGCCGGCUGCUGUUGUCAGCAAAAGGAAACCAAUAUGGACGCUCCCCACAUGUGUUACCAUCGCGGGCAAAUGAGUAACUAUGGAGGCUCAAUAGAUGAUAUGAAACAACAACCUUCAUCGAAAAAUGCUGAUUGUUCGUGUACUGAAAAUAGAGGUGGCAAGGCAAAUGAUAAGCUAAGCAUCACCACGAAUGAUAUGUUCAAAUUCAAAUCGACAGUCACCUCUACGGCAUCGACCAAUAAUUUGACACAAUUCACCAGCUGCGACUGUUGCUGCUGUAAUUGUGCAGAUGCGCUUGCAGGAGGGGUCAACACGAUGAGCAUCAGCAACACGAAUGUGCGUAAGAUAACUACGAAGCCGCUGAGUCCCCAGACUACAAGCGAAGAUUUUAAAAUAUACUUAGCCAAUAUACAGUUUCUACAAAACGCAUCCAAUAUGCUGUCGGUGUCUUACAUGAAAAAAUUGCACCAUAUAUUUAAGAAAAGCUAUAGCAACUACGACAAAUCGCAGGACGAUAAUGUGCUAACUGGGGCAAACAAUGAUGUGAAACUCACAACCUUAUCGAUUGUUACGAACGUUUCUGACGAACCAGGGAAAUCCAACGAUCAACCUUCUAUUGUGGAGCCGAUUAGUGACGAUAGUUUACUACUAACCGACGACGAACAGAAGAAAAUGAUUCUCAACAUACACCAGGAGUUUUGGGAUCUGCCGACUAAUUACCAAGAAAAGCCAUUAGUUUUUGGAUCGCAAUCGAAAAAUCGAUACAAAACGAUAUUACCAAAUGAACAUUCUAGAGUGAUUUUGAAAGCUGAGCCUGGAGCUCACUUGGAACCGUACAUCAAUGCCAAUUUUAUAAAGGGCUCGGAUUAUACCAAUAAUAGUUACAUUGCCACGCAAGGUCCAAUGGCGAACACUAUCUACGAAUUUUGGCUGAUGGUGCAGCAAAAUGUCGAAAAGACAUCACCACGUAAAGACGGAAACUAUCUCCACGUUGAGCAGAAAUUAAUUAUGCUAACAGACUUUGUUGAAAACAAUAGGCAGAAAUGUACUGUAUAUUUUCCCCAGGAGCUUAACGAUUCAGUGGUGUUUUGUAAUGUACCAAACGUGAACGCGCAGGUAGUUCUUGAUAAUAGAGAUAGUAUUUUAGCCGAUAUGCAGGAAACCAUAAAAACCCACCAGGUCAAAGCUAUCGAAUCCAGCACUGAUUUUAAUUACUUUCUUAUCACAAAUAUUGGUAUAUGUCGUAAAAAUGGUUACACUAUGCGUAAACUGUUGGUGGUGUAUUCGUAUCAAGAUGAAGCAGCAAAAGUCGAAAAACGCAGUUUUUAUACAAUUUAUCAUUAUUGGUUCCCCGACUGGCCGGAUCAUCGAUCUCCGGAGGAUAUAGAUGUACUGUUAGAUAUGAGUCUCGAUAUACUUGACAAUGAUUGUUCCAAAGAUUUUGACCUUGGUCCUGAUGGAGUAGGAAACGAUGAACGGAUUUGCUCAUUGCCAAUUAUACAUUGUUCUGCAGGCAUUGGACGGACAGGCUGUUUACUAGCAAUUAUAAAUGGUCUAAGCCAGAUGCGUUCAUCUUCUAAUGCUCAUAAAACAGCAGAUAAGCCUGUGGAAAAGAACUUAGAAAGUUUAGAAUCUGAACCACCGGAAGCGCAAAAUGCCGCCCAACAGCCCAGUUGCCCAUUGAUGAGUAGCAACGGCCAAACUUGUGUAGAUAUACUCGGUAUCGUUUGUAAUCUUAGGCUGCAGCGUGGCGGAAUGGUACAGAAUUCUGAACAGUACGAGUUAAUUCAUAGAGCAUUGUGUUUGUACAUGCAAAAAUUGAGCCUUUAAAUAAUAAGCAUUUAUAAACAAAACAACAACCGCUAGUUAAUGGAAUAGUUAAUGUACAUGGCUCACAUUGUUAAAUUAUACAAAAUGACAACUUACCAAAGAAUAUACGAUUCCUAAGUUUAGGAAAAAUAAGAAUACAUUUUCAUAAUUUAAAAUCCGUCAUACAAAGAGUAAAUUAUGCAUUGAUGCUAAAAUUAACGGUAUAAUUUGUAAUUCUCUUCAUAAUGGAUAAUGUUUCAGAGUAUGUGAAUUCGAUACGAUACACAUUUGUUGUAAUAUAACCAGUAUUGAGUAUAUUGA